CUCUCUCAUCUCCUCUGUCAGCACCUAGAGUCAGUUUGGACUCUAGGUGUAGGAAAGGAGCUGGGUAAGUAGGCACUGUUUCAGAGGACAGCUUUGCCUGUCUGUUGGAAGGGGCAGAGCUCUCAGUCACCUGGAGCAGACAGACAGCGGAAGCAUUUGCAAGUGUGCUCCUGCUUCCUGCAGGCAGGCUUAUGUGAUUCACCCUGUAAGGGUGAAAGGAGAAGUUGCAAUCUGAGAAUUAAGACUUGUUCUGAUACCAUCUGAUUGAAGGCCACACCAAGCAGUCUGCUUUCUCUUUCCUUCAGGCCAAUAGCAUCAUGCACCCUUGGGUAGCCAUCCUGGGCCUCCUACUCCUUCCAGAUGGUGUAACCUCUUACAAUCAAGUGACUAGAGUGGUGGGUCAGAGUGUCACUCUACCCUGCUACUAUAAUGGAGAAGUCACAAGCAUGUGUUGGGGCCGAGGGGCAUGUCCAUGGUUUGAUUGCGGAACUAACAUCAUCCGGACUGAUGGAUACAGAGUCACCUAUCGGAGGGAUGGACGUUAUCAGCUAAAUGGCAAUAUUCGUGGAAGGGAUGUGUCUUUGACCAUAAACAAUGCUGCCGUGUCUGACAGUGGCUUGUAUUGUUGCCGAAUUGAGGUGAGAGGGUGGUUCAAUGACAUAAAAACCACCCUAGAGUUGAGGAUCAAUCCAGCUCCACCUACAACGACAACGACCACCACCACUACAACAACAACUACCAGCACUACUCCUACAACCACUACCACUACUCCAAGUAAAACUACCACUACAAGAAGGACAACUACCACCACUACUCCAAGAAGAACCAAUAGAAGAAAGAGAGCUGCUAACACUACUCAAAGAAGAAGCAAUAGAAGAAAGACAACUCCCACCACUACUCUAAGAAGAAGCAAUAGAAGAAAGACAACUGCCACCACUACUCUAAGAAGAAGCAAUAGAAGAAAGACAACUGCCACCACUACUCUAAGAAGAAGCAAUAGAAGAAAGACAACUCCCACCACUACUCCAAGAAGAAGCGAUAGAAGAAAGACAACUGCCACCACUACUCCAAGAACCACUACCACCACCACCACUACUCCAAGAACAACCACCACUACUAGAAAGACAACCAUUACUACUACUCCAACAACGACUACCACUAUUCCAACAACCACCACUACUACCCCCAAAACAACAACAACCGAGACUCCAACAACCACCACCACCACCUCCACUACUCCAAGAACAACCACCACUACUAGAAAGACAACCAAUACUACUACUCCAAGAACCACAACCACCACCAGCACUACUCCAAGAACAACCACCACUACAAGAAAGACAACCAUUACUACUACUCCAAGAACGACUACCACUACUCCAACAACCACCACUACUACUCCCAAAACAAUAACCACGAUGACUCCAACAACCACCACGACUCCAACAACCACCACCACCACCUCCACUACUCCAAGAACAACCACCACUACAAGAAAGACAACCAUUACUACUACUCCAAGAACCACUACCACCACCAACACUACUCCAAGAACAACCGCCACUACGAGAAAGACAACCAUUACUACUACUCCAACAAUGACUACCACUAUUCCAACAACCAGCACUACUACCCCCAAAACAACACCCACCACAACUCCAACAACCACCACCACCACUACUCCAACCACAAUGGUCACCACUGCUCCAACAACCACCACCACUGCUGUGCCAACAACAAUCAACACCACUACUCCAACCAUGACAGUCACCACUGCUCCAGUGACAGUGAGGUCCUCUACUUCUGCUCCUCCAAUGCCAGCACCCACAAAGGACCUCCAGCCAGCUUCUUUAUCUUCUCCAACUCAGACAGCAGAAAGCCAGCCUACUACCCUGUAUGAAACAAACAUAACCAGCUCACCAUGGCACUCUUGUUCAACAGAAUAUGUCACUGAAACCUGGUCAAGUAGACUUGGCAGCAUGGAACAGACAUUGCAGCAGCUGUAUCCCCACAACUUCUGUGACUGCUGCCGUCUUGGCAGCAUCUCUGAGGCCCUUCAGCCAAAUCCUCACAGUGCCCGAGUCACACUUCAGCGGGUUAAAGCCUCACAAAGCAAAGAAUGUUAG